GGUGUUUUGGGGUGACCAGUGCCAGGGGAUAACAAGAGGAGCAAGAAUUGGGUCCCUGCAGCAGCAGGGGGAUGUCACGGGGAGGGUGUCAUAGCCCUGUGCUGGGCUGCAAUGAGUGCUGGCACCCUGCAACUGGGGUGGGAUGCGGGGUCCCCUGACCCCUCACCCUUCCCAGCACUGGCUCACGUGGCUCGAAGAGGUGGGUGGUUUCGCUUUGCUGUCUCCUCGUACAGCCACUUCCUGACCUGCGAAUGGCGGAGGUCAAAUUUAGUCUGUUCACAUUAGAAAAAAAAAAAAAAACACAACAAUUUAAAAAAAACCCCAAAACCUUGAACCUAAAAACAGCCCUUUUGUUUUACGGACCCUCCCCGCAGCCAGCCCGGCCUCCCUUAUAACCACCCUCCCCAUCCGACGGACCCGCCGGUGAACAGCAUCAAUGCACAGGGCAGGGUUGGAGCAGCCCCCGCGGCUUCGGGCGGGCGCUUGGGGAUGCAAAGACUGAUCCCGUGCUCCCGGCGAGGGAUCUGGCAUCGCGGCAUCGCGGCUUUCCAGCCAGCACACGCAGCCCCUCCUCGAGUGUAGAAGGCAAAAAUGGGCCGGAAAAAAAUACAGAUCAGCCGAAUACUGGAUCAGCGGAACCGGCAGGUGACCUUCACCAAGCGGAAAUUCGGGCUGAUGAAGAAGGCGUAUGAGCUGAGCGUCCUGUGCGACUGCGAGAUCGCCCUCAUCAUCUUCAACAGCACCAACCGCCUCUUCCAGUACGCCAGCACCGACAUGGACAAGGUGCUGCUCAAGUACACGGAGUACAGCGAGCCCCACGAGAGCCGCACCAACUCCGACAUCCUCGAGACGCUGAAGCGCAAGGGGCUGGGGCUGGAGAGCCAUGAGCUGGAGCUGGAAGAGGGGCCAGAUCCUGGGGAGAAGGCGCGGAGGCUGAGCGAGGGCAUGGACCUCUCAGUGGCACGGCCCAGGUUUUAUAGCCCAGCGCCGCUGCCCGAGGCAACCUACGGCAGCUCCCCGCCAGCCACCGACGGAUCCCUGGGCAGUGCCAGCAGCUCCCCGCAGGGCCAGGGACGCCCGCCCGCCUUCAAACCAGCAGCGCCGAAGCCACCGGGACGCUCACCGGGGCCGCUGCCCCCAGGUAUCGGUUACCCCCUCUUCCCUGCCGGCAGCCUGAACCGAGCCCUGGCCACCAAGACACCCCCGCCGCUGUACCUGGGGGCCGAGGGCCGGCGCGGCGAAGCCCACGGCAGCUUGGCGAGUGGCCGGAGCGGCGGCAGCGCGGCGCGGCCGCUGUACCCCACUCUGCAGACCCUGAGCCCUGUGCUCGCCCCGGGCAGCACCGGCGUCCCGAGCCACAGCCUCGCCGGCUUCCCCUUCCUCGCCCCAGCCCAAGCAGAGUUUGGGGCUGGCGAGGCCCCGCCGCCCCCCGGCUUCCUGCAGCCUGGCCCCACAGCGUGGCAGCACCCACGGGACAUGGCAGCGCUGGGGGUCAGCAGCCGGAUCGUCCCCACCGAAGAGCCAGCCCCGGCCCCCGGCACCUCCCCGCAGCACCAAGCCAUCAGCAUCAAGUCGGAGAGGGUCUCCCCAGGGCUGGGCUGCCCCUCGGGCACCCCCCAGCCCCCCCUGGCCAGCCUGGCCUCCCUGAGCGAAGCCUCCCGAGGCCCCGGAGACCUCCAGCCGCGGGACGACUAUGCCAAGGGGUACCCCUACCCCCUGGGGCCCCCCCGGCCGCUGGCAGAGGAGCAGCGGGGCCCCGUUCCCGUGCGGCGGGCGCAGGCCAUGGACGCUUGGCAGAGAUAGCGAGGCCGAUGGGGUGCAGGGGGUGGGCCGAGCCUGGGGGAGCAGCCCCCUGCUUCACCCCCAUCCUCGGACCCCCCGGAAGCCCCUUGUGCCCUUUGCAAUGCUGCCGGGGAAGUCAGCAGUGCCGCAGGGUUUCCUGUGGGGUCCCGGUCCCCCACCCUGGGGCUGCAGCUCCUGGCAAACCCCCUCCCUGCCUCGGUGCCCCCCACAAGCUGCCAGCCCCCCGUCCCUGCAGCUCUGACCCCCAGCCGCCUGCGAGGCCAGGACCCCAUGGGCGAGGAGCGCUACCCUGGUCCCUUGUCCGGUGCCAGACACUGUACAUCCACGUCCAUCCGUCCGUCUGUCCCUGCGCCAGCGUGUCCCUGGUGAGCGGGAAUGCCUGAGAAGUGCCACGGGGUGGCAGCAGGACUGAGAGCACCAGCAGCAGGUCCAACCCUGCACACCCCUGGCUCAAUCCUGCACCCGGCCGGGGGUGCUGCGGGGGUCCCGCAGCGAGGCGGGAGGGAUGGAGGGAAGCAGCCGGGGGUGGGGGGUGCUGCUCCCCCAGCCCAGGGGCUCUUUUCUAUUUAUUAUAUUCUCACCAAUAAAGAGC